CCGGACCCUGCAUUCACUAUAUCUGGCCCCCCGGGCCCUGCAUUCACUAUAUCUGGUCUCCCCGGACCCUGCAUUCACUAUAUCUGGUCUCCCCAGACCCUGCAUUCACUAUAUCUGGCCCCCCCAGACCCUGCAUUCACUAUAUCUGGUCUCCCCAGACCCUGCAUUCACUAUAUCUGGUCUCCCCAGACCCUGCAUUCACUAUAUCUGGUCUCCCCAGACCCUGCAUUCACUAUAUCUGGUCUCCCCAGACCCUGCAUUCACUAUAUCUGGUCUCCCCAGACCCUGCAUUCACUAUAUAUCUGGUCUCCCCAGACCCUGCAUUCACUAUAUCUGGUCUCCCCGGACCCCGCAUUCACUAUAUCUGGCCCCCCCGGGCCCUGCAUUCACUAUAUCAGGUCUCCCCGGACCCUGCAUUCACUAUAUCAGGUCUCCCCGGACCCUGCAUUCACUAUAUCUGGUCUCCCCGGACCCUGCAUUCACUAUAUCUGGUCUCACACAGUACACAGAAUAAGGAAAUGCAAUUAUUUAAGUAAAUAUAAACUGCUAAAUACCUUUUCUCAUCAGCAGUUA